AAAAGGAAACCCUAUCCAUCUUCUCGUUUCUACCACAAAUCGUCGCCCUCUCCUCAUCCACUCCCCCACCCCCCCAACCCCCCUUCUUUACUCCUUCACCGGCCCGUCUUUCUCUCCGAAUUCUUCAUGUUGUUUGUUUCUAUCUCGUUUUAGUGUUUGACUGGAGAUCAAAUUUCAGCUUUGUGAGAUUUGUUGCAACUUUCUAUACGUUGACCGUUUGGAUUGUCAUCGAAUUUGAAGAUCCGGCUAUCAGGUAUGUUGUUGUUGUUGUUACUAGCUCUGCGCUUAUAUGUGGAGAACUUGAGGAGUAGACGUGUACAGAUGAAUUCAUUGCCGUUGGAAGCAAACUAUAUUGACUGAAAUUUCAGAUUUUACAGCAAGAAAGUUCUAGCAGGAAUUUGAGAAAGUAGGAAAUGGAGCUGAAUACCAUUAAAGAUGCUUUUGAUCGUGUUACAAAGAAGCAGAAGGUUGCAUCAUCAAAAUCUCAAGAAGUGAUGGAGCAGAUCGGUCAUGAAAUAGAACAAGCACUGUUGAGAAUACAAUCAACAAAUGAUGCUGCAUCUUUGAGCGAGUACAAAAUGAUUCUUAGUGAACUAAAAGCUAAGUUGAAAGAAGUUGCUCCACUCAGUCAGUUGGAAGGAACACAAAAAGAGCUAAAUGUUGCACUAAGCAAGUACCCUAAGCUCCUUGAGAAGUCUUUCAACCCUGACAUAUCAAAGGCCUACAGGAAUGUUGGUUCUGAUAUCCAUACUGUUAACCAGAUAAUUGCCAGCCAUUUCUACCGGGAAGGCCACUUUGAUCUUGGUGAUUGUUUCAUAACUGAGGCCAGAGAACCUGAAGCUGCAGGCCAAAAAUCUCCUUUUCUGGAAAUGUAUCAAAUACUUGAAGCCAUGAGGUCUAGAAACCUGCAGCCAGCUCUGGGUUGGGCCACCACCAACAGUGAGAAACUUAAGCAAAGUGGGUCUGAUAUUGAAAUGAAGCUACAUAGGCAGCAGUUUGUGGAAAUUCUGCAGAAAAGAGGUAGAGACGGAGCUUUAAAUUAUGCGAGAACUUUCUUCCCACCUUUUGCCACCAAAUAUAUGGCAGAGAUCCAGAGACUCAUGGCCUGUCUAUUAUGGGCUGGAAAACUAGAUUCGUCACCUUACGCAGAUUUGCUAUCGCCUUUCCACUGGGAUAAAUUGGCUGAAGAGCUUGCUCGGCAGUUCUGCAAUCUCAUGGGUCAAUCCUAUGACAGUCCAUUGAGUGUGACCAUUGCAGCUGGUGUCCAGGGGUUGCCAACCCUUCUGAAACUAAUGAAUGUGAUGACUGGGAAAAAGCAGGAAUGGCAGUCCAUGAAACAGUUGCCUGUGCCUGUAGACUUGGACAGAGAGUUUCAGUUCCACUCCAUCUUUGUCUGUCCGGUGAGUCGGGACCAGGCAACUGAGGAGAAUCCGCCUAUGCUGCUUUCUUGCGGGCAUGUGCUAUGCAAGCAAUCUAUUACAAAACUGUCGAAGAACAACAACACGCGGCCUUUCAAGUGUCCUUACUGCCCCACGGAGGUUGAGGUCGGUCAGUGUAGACAAUUGUACUUCUAAUAUGAAUUGUUCUCAGUGUUUGUAUCUAAAUCUUUUUGCUACCGUGCUUUAUCCCUAUGCUCUGUGAACUCAAUUCAUUUUCGUUCAUGCCAUGGUUGAUGGUACCUCUAACUAUAAGUGUUAAUGGUGCUUAAAGCUGUUCUUUUCUAUGCACUCUGAUAAAUUGAUGUAAAUAGGACUUCUUUACCAUUUCAUGCAAAUUACUUGAAAUGCUUGUA